GUUUGAUGCGGUUGGGGGUUUUCUUUCCGGUGUUGUCUUCUCAGUGUGAUACAUGAAGCUAACAAACCUAGCACUUUAGAGGUUUAGUGUAAACGGUGUCCGGUGAGUUUGUUAAAGGCAAAGUCAGCGUACUAUGAAGUGACUUAAGGAAAACAGUGAACAUAACGUUAAAAAGAGACGUUAUCGGCUGAAGAUGAUAGAACCAGAGCUACUGACCGAGGUCCCUGCAGCACUUAAGCGGCUGGCCAAGCAGGUCGUGAGGGGUUUUUAUGGAGUGGAACACGCCUUGGCCCUGGAUGUGCUCAUCCGCAACCCGUGCGUUCGCGAGGAGGACAUGCUGGAGUUGCUCAAGUUUGACCGUAAACAGCUGCGCUCAGUCCUCAACACACUGAAGUCAGACAAAUUUGUCAAGUGCCGCAUGAGAGUGGAGACGGCCCCUGAUGGCAAGACAACACGGCACAACUAUUACUUCAUCAACUACAGGGUUCUGGUCAACGUGGUCAAGUAUAAAUUGGAUCACAUGCGAAGGCGCAUCGAGACAGAUGAGAGAGACUCCACCAACCGUGCCUCCUUCCGAUGCCCCUACUGCUUCUCCACCUUCACCGAUCUAGAGGCCAAUCAGCUAUUUGACCCUAUGACAGGUACAUUUCGCUGCACCUUCUGCCAGACGGAGGUAGAGGAGGACGAGUCUGUCUGUCCCGAUGCCAGGACACUGGUUGCACGCUUCAACGAGCAGAUCGAACCCAUCUACGCGCUGCUACGUGAGACUGAAGAUGUCAACUUGUCCCAUGACCUGCUGGAGCCGGAGCCUGCUGAAAUUCCCGCCCUCAAACAGAGCCGUGAACGUGCUGCAGCAGCCGCAAAUGCUGCGGGUGGCCAACACCGCGAGGCCUGGUCUAACAAAGGCGCAUCCUACGCUGAUAUGUACACCCAGAAUGUGGUUAUCAGCAUGGAGGAGCAGGAAGAACAGCAGAAGCAAGCCAGUGAGGGCAAGGCACCUAAGGAGAGGCCCGUCUGGUUGACCCAGAGUACCGUGCAGGGUGCUUACAGCGAGCCUGACAUCCUCAAGAACCCUGGAGACGUUGUCCCCGGAGCCCAGGAUGGAGCGGCCGGUCUUGGAAUCGGUCAGUCAGAUGAAAAUGAGGAAGUGAUGCGCGCCCUGCUCAUUCACGAGAAGAGGGGCGCGGCAGCAGCAGGUGGAGGUGCAGGCGGAGUGAGCACCGCUACCAAGGGACUCACGUCCACCACAGCUAAUGCCAGCGACUCAGACAGCGACACCAGCGAAUCAGACGACGACUCCCCCUCAAAUCCUCCCCCCGCCGCAGCUGCGCAGCAUCGGGCGGAGGAGGAGGAAGAUGACGAUGACGAUUUCGAGGAGGUGGGGGAUGAGCCGAUGGUGAUGGUGGGAGGCCGGCCGCGCUCUUACCGAGAGGUCAGCCAGAGGCCAGAGCUAGUGGAACAGAUGUCUGCACAGGAGAAGGAGGCCUACAUUGAAAUGGGCCGGAACCUCUUCCAGGACAUGGAUUGGCUUUGAGCUCCCAAAUAUGUAUUUCUGCUGUCUCACACUGUCAAUAGUGAUAUCUGAGGAAAUAUUUGUGGACAUAAACUUUUCAAGAAGAACACAAAAUGCUGCUCAAGAAGUAUUUACAGUCUGCUUCAUGCUCUUGCAUUAUAAGAACCAAGGACAUGCUUUGACAGUGUUGACUAAGUGAUCACACCUUUAGUAUUCUGUCCUAAGUAUUUUUUAUUCCCAUUCACCACACCAGAAGGGAGCUGGCCAGCUGCAGUUUGUGCUGAGUGCCAACUUGAGUAACUUUAUUUCAGUCUGUUUCGUUUUCAUUUCAGAUGUAAGUUGUCUUACACCAGUCAUGUUAGCUGGGUUUCCAGUCGUGCAUCUCUCAUGCAUCUGACAGUACAGAUAUGCUUCAGUUUUAAUCAAUACAGCUGUCUACACACAAGCGCGUCUUAUGCUUUACGUCUAUUUGCUUCCAACUCGUGUGUGUGCAUAAAUACAUUGAUUGUGUAUCGGGCUGUGAGCCCUGCCAAAGGCCAUCUGAGUGCAUAGCAGUACUGUGGUUUAACGUAAGCAGUGUAAGCAGUGUGAUAAUGGAGGACUGACGCAGCUGCGGUGUUGGGCUGAAUAUUUUCUGUUUUUCUGAAACAAGAUCAGACUGGAUUUAAAAGCUCAUCUCAGGCAAUACAAGAAAAACAAGAUGGGGUGAAUUGUUGUGGUUUUCAGUAAAGCAUUUGUUAUUAUGAACAAACUGUAAUAAAAAGAUACUGCAGUACAACAA